AUGACCUGCCAGAACGGCAUCGCGCCGCUCCAGCUGCCCAUCAGCAAUGUGACAGUCUCAUCUGACGGCAGAUCAGUCUCCCGCGGCAUCGAGUUUGGAAUCGGGACACCGCAGCAGAUCGUCAGUCUAGGCAUCUCACUCAGCGACUCAGACACGUUCGUCUUCAAUCAGGCACAAUGCAACUCCACGGUCCAGGCAAUAUGCUCCGGGCGAUUGGGCGGGAUGUAUGACCCCGAAGCCAGCUCAUCAUAUACCAAAGUCACUCGCGCACAGUGGAACGGGACCACAGACAAGGAGCUCUUCACGGCCGCGAACUACAUAUUCUUUCAAGAACACAUCCAGUAUGGCGCCAACAUUUCCAGCUCCGGCUUUCCGCUCUUCAUGAGCAGUGGUGUCGUGGAGUCUCAAGGCGGAAUCGGCCUCGGCAACGCAUCCACUAUCCUGACCAACACAUAUAACACGAAGCAGAGCCCCUCCACAGCCUUCGGCCUCUACGCCGGCUCGCGCAGCAUCCAGUCUCCGGAGGAUGGCCUCCUCGUCAUCGGCGGCUGGGACACCGCACGCGUCGAGGGCGACCUGAGCGAUAUGGAAUACUCCGAUGACUGCCCGAACUGCUUCACCGUCGAUGCUCUGACCUAUACUACGCCUGACGGCAGGUCCGAAAACCUCAUCACCGAACCACUCGGCUUCCAGCUCGAAUCCGCCAUACGGACGAUGUGGGUCCCGCAAGAUGCAUACGACCGGUUCACAAAUUUCACCGGUGCGACACCCCAAGCCAACGGCUCUCUUACCAUGCCCAUCGACGCGUCUCUCGGCAGUCUCACCGUCCGGCUCGCGAACGGCUACGAGUCCGUCAUUCCCGCCGACCAGCUCUUCACCAAGCCGCGCGACUACAACGAAAAAGGCGAGUACGAGAUCUACAACCACGAGUCGACACUGGUCCAGCUACAGAACGUGACUGUUCCUGAUGACGCGGUAAUCUUCGCGCGUGGCGUUAUGGGCUUGCCGUUCUUGAGUCAGAACUAUAUAGUCAUGGACCAUGUAAAGCGACAGUUCCGUAUGGGCAAGGCGAAGAGAUCUGAUUCAAAUCAGGUGCUUCUGGGCGCGGCUCCCGAUGUAGUCAUCGAGUCAAUUUGUCCGGAUGAUGACGCGCCUCCAUCGAGCUCUAGCGGAAGUGGCGGAGGAUCGAAUGCAGGAGCUAUCGCUGGAGGCCGACGAGCGAAAGCCGCUGCUACCACAAAACCCGCAAUAGCACCCUCAUCAUCGGACGAAGAAGGUCAAUCCCCGCCGGCCUACGAAAAAGACCCCAAACCAGCAAUUCCGACGGGAAGCCCGAACGACCCAGCGGAGAUCAGCCCGACGGUUGUAAGUGCCGGCGGAGAUGACCCAAGGUAUAGCCUCAGCGAACUGCCGAGCGCGCGCGAUAUAGAUGGGCUCGAAGGCAAGAAGGUUCAGGAGUUGCCAGCACCAAUGGAAGGGGAGGAGCGGAGGGUUGGUCCUGAGCGAAAGUUCUUGCAGGGUCCUGUUGAGCUGCCAACUUAG